CUUUUCGAGGAGAGGAGUGACCGGUGGACGAUAAGAGUUUCUUUGAGAGAAUGCACUGCACCCAUUGAAUUUUUCCAGAACCAUCUAUCUUUUGCAACAGCAAUCGUCGUCUUUAUUGAUUCUGCGUUGUCAUUCUUCUCUACCUCGUGACCCGUCCGAGUAACUGGGUCUGACUACCAAGUCCAGACUACUAGACCCAACCGUUCCCUAAAGACGCACUAGUCGGUCAUGGCUCGAUAGAGUCUCCAGGCUAUGACUACUCGCCGCCGCAUCAUUCUGUCCUAAACCACUACCUCCAUUGAUUUCUGAACUCCAUCCCCCUCCCCCUCCCCCUCCCCUCUCUCCCCUCCAUUGCUUUCUGAGUCUGCCGACUCCGAAGGCAGCCAGGCUGGUCGAAGAUGGAAGAACAGGUAGCAAAUGCCAUUGAGAUCGCCUGGAAUCCGUCCUCAGACCAAGCCCUCAAGAGUCAGGCCUACGACUACCUGAACCAACUCCGCGCCGACCCCUCCGGAUGGCAGGUCUGCCUUGCUCUCUUCACCAAAACCCCACAACACUCCGAAAUCAUACGCCAUGUGUCUUUGGAAGUGGUCAACAGUGCGGCUCAGGCCGGCCUCAUCGAUAUACAGGCCCUGGGAUACGUUCGGGACGGCCUGAUGGCAUACCUACGACAAGUCUACGGCCAAGAAAAUGCCACUCCGGAUCCGCCCAACAUUCAAAACAAGAUUGCUCAGACUAUCACCUUCCUGUUCUCGGCCCUCUACGCGAACGGGUGGGAGUCCUGUUUCGACGACCUCCUCAGCCUCACCUUCAAGAGCCCCGCGAGCACGAGCCGUGACAACCCACUCGGGAUUAUAUUCUACCUCCGUGUCGUCAAUUCGAUUCACGAUGAGAUCGGAGAUGUCCUCGUAUCCCGGUCCCGCGCAGAGCAGGACAAAGCCAACCUCCUCAAGGAUCUGAUCCGCGAGCGCGAUAUGCAGAAGAUUGCCAGCUCCUGGCAAGAGAUCUUGUCCGAGUGGCGGGACGGCAACGACCUGAUUGUGGAGAUGUCCCUUAAGGCGGUGGGCAGCUGGGUGAGCUGGAUCGAUAUCGGCCUCGUGGUGAACCAGACUAUGAUGGAUCUGCUGUUCCAGCAACUCGGCCGUGCGCAGAAGGCAGAACUCAGGUCCGGAGAAGAGAAGGUGCGCGAUGCGGCGGUUGAUGUCUUCACGGAAAUCAUCGGCAAGAAGAUGAAGCCCGAGGAUAAGAUUGAUAUGAUUAUUUUCCUGAAUCUCGACACUAUUGUUACCCAGCUCUCCAAUAGCCCCCCUCUCAACGAGAAUAGGUUUACGUUUAAGUACGAUACUGAUCUGGCGGAAACGGUGGCCAAGUUAGUCAAUAUUACAGUCAUUGAUAUUGUACGGGUCUUGGAGCAGGAUAUCAUCAUGGCUGACUGCAAGGAGAAAGCCACUGGCCUGCUGCAGGCCUUCCUUCCGCAUAUCCUGAGAUUUUUCUCUGACGAAUACGACGAGGUCUGCUCGACCGUUAUUCCCUGCGUCAGCGACCUCCUGGCUUAUCUCAGGAAGAUGGCCAAGGUCAACCCCGCAUUGGCUGUUCAACACUCCUCCGUCUUGCUGCCGAUCUUGAAGGCUAUUAUCGCCAAGAUGCGCUACGACGAGACAUCCUCGUGGGGAGACGAAGACGACCAGACAGAUGAAGCAGAGUUCCAGGACCUCCGCAAGCGGUUGGGGGUCCUUCAGCAGGUUAUCGCCUCCGUGAACGAACAACUAUACAUCGACGCAGUUUCGGAGGUAGUAGGGACGACCUUCGAGAAUCUGAGGCAGUCGGGCGCCCAAUUGGAUUGGCGGGACUUGGACUUGGCUCUCCACGAGAUGUUCCUCUUUGGAGAUAUUGCCGUCAAAGCAGGCAGUCUGUACACUAAGGGAUCUCCCAACAAUCCUGCUGCAGAGCGACUCAUUGAGAUGAUGUUGAAAAUGGUCGAGUCCGACAUCCGCUCCUUCACUCACCCCGCUACGCAACUGCAGUACAUGGAAAUCUGCGUCCGCUACAGCUCAUUCUUCCAGCACCACACUCACCUCAUUCCGAGCGUUUUCGAGAGCUUUCUCCAAUUAGUUCACCACCCGAUCAAAAAGGUCAAGACUCGCUCAUGGUAUCUGUUCCAGCGCAUCGUCAAGCAGUUGCGAAACAACGUUGGCAACGUUGCUCAGAACGUCGUUGCUGCUCUGGGCGACCUCCUGGUGAUUAAUGCGGAAUUGCCAUCGGAAGGGUCCGAUGGAGACGAAAUGUCGUCUGAGGAUCACGAGGGUUCCGCAGAUGCUGUGUUCGCCAGUCAAUUGUAUCUUUUUGAGGCAGUGGGCAUCAUUUGCUCCACCCCCACUAUACCCGCUGAUAAGCAAGUCCUAUACGCGCAGUCCGUGUUGACCCCCAUCUUCAUGGACAUGGAGAAGAAUUUGGCGCCAGCCAAGGCCAACGAUGAGAGAGCUAUUUUGCAGAUCCAUCAUGAUAUCUCGGCUCUGGGCACGUUGGCACGCGGCUUUUCCGAUUGGAUGCCUGGAACCAGCUCCCCUGCUGCACUCCCUGCGCCGGAAGUCUCCGAUGCAUUCAUGCAGGUAUCGGAAGCCACUUUGGUGGCUUUAGAGUCGCUCAAGUCUUCGUUCAAUGUGCGCACCGCGGCACGAUUCGCCUUCUCCCGACUCAUCGGCGUUCUGGGGGCGCGCAUUCUUCCUCAACUUCCACGCUGGAUUGAUGGCCUCCUUACGCAGACAUCAUCGCGUGAUGAGAUGGCUCUGUUCCUCCGGCUGUUGGAUCAGGUCAUCUUCGGCUUCAAGACCGAAAUCUAUGGUAUUCUGGACACUCUCUUGACACCUUUCCUCCAGCGGGUGUUCUCCGGCAUUGCGGAUCCGACUACGGGUACAGACGAUGAGAUCCACUUGGCGGAAUUAAAGCGCGAAUACCUCAACUUCCUCCUGGCUGUUUUGAAUAACGAUCUCGGCGCUGUCAUCAUCAGUGAAAGAAACCAACCCAUGUUCGACACUGUGAUCACGACGAUUGAGCAUUUCGCCAAGGACAUUGAAGAUUUCACCACAGCCAAGAUGGCAUUCUCUGUUUUAUCCAAGAUGGGCAGCUCGUGGGGUGGUCCAGACAUUGCACCGGAGGGUGUGAACGGCGCGGCGGGCCAGCAGGUAGCUCUGCCCGGCUUCGGCCAGUUCAUGAUCAGCCGGCUGUCGCCGCUGUGCUGGGCACUACCCGCGACGCCGUCAUUCAACUCGAAGGAUGCACAAGCCAGACAAGUCCUCGCGGAAGCCGGUGGGCUUCAGCGGACUAUUUACGCCAAGACGGGAAUGGAAUACCUUGAGUAUCUCCGGACCCAAGAACUGCCAGGCAUGGGCAUGGGAGGGGACCUGGUGGAAGAAUUCGUGGGGGCAUUGAGCCGGCUGGACUUGAAGGGGUUCCGGCAGUUCUUCCCGACGUUUAUCCAGCGAUUGAGCGCAUGAUAUGUGUUCUUUCUGGUUAUUAUAUUCCGUCUUAUCAAUGCCCCUGUUUCUCGACCCUUUUGACCUCCCCCCCCCUCGAUCCUUCUGUUUCAGUCCUAGAUUCCCCCAUGGUUUGGUUUGAUGACUGAUGUUCUCAUGUGAUCAUUUACAUCGAAACUCUCUUCCUCUUCCCCUCUCAUAUUAUUACCUACUAUCAUACACACACAAGCCCGUCAUCAAUCGAUCAUUCGAAAGCUUCCAUCAUAUGAAAGCCAAGAGCAAGCACACGCACAUCUCCCGAAUGUAUUGAUGUCAAGUGUGAGAAACGAAAAAGCUAAAUCGAAGAAAACAGACGAACCCGGUAUAUAGUCAGUUUGGUUCGGCAUCAGCAUGAGCGGGCGUUUCAUUAUAUUCCUACUUUGCCUAUUGUUGCGAGGAACGGGCGGUGGACUGCAUGCAGUAUGC